UCGCAUUGAUAUGCUACUCAUCCUGCCCAAAUACCGAUACCUUUUCAUUCUGCACAGGCUGCUUAAUCUAGACAACUACUCAUGUAGCAUAUUCACGCCCACACAGUACUAUACUCUGUAUAAAUACAUAGCCAAAUAAAUCGUGAUUGUCAAUCUCCUGUUGCUCAGCUUAGACUCUCAGGGGCAUGGUACCGCUAACUACUAUGCCCAAGAGCACGACUGCGAAGAGUACAGCAGCCAAGCCACCAUACAAGUUAAGGUCUGCUGGUACGAAAUGGGGCAUUCCCCGCCACAGUUCAGAAGAUUCCACCGCAACUCCGGCUAGUAUGACUGAGGAACAGCCUACAGAAUUGAAAGUGAAAGUCUCCCGACUGGAGUCAGUCAAGAAGGGUAUUCCGGACAAAUUUUGGGGCAAGCUACAUCCUAAAGCUCUAUCCGAGGGUGCUGCAGGUACUGGUGUGGCUAAACCAAUAUCGGGAGGAAAGGAGCCCUUGCAGAAAGCGAAGACGAUGCCUGUCAGGGCCACCGAAAGGGGCUUUCAACUUGAAGUUUAUGAACAAGAUUGCAAAAUUACCACUACAUGCGAGUUUGACUCGGGUGAUGGAUGGGAUCCUGGCGAAUUUGAGGAAUGGAUUGCUAGGGAAAUUGAAGAGAGAGCGGCUGAAGCUGGCAUGUCGACUGAGGAUUGGAUUGCCAGCCAAUGCGGUGAUGAUGAAUGGUACUCCGAUGGAUUUGAACAGGGAGCAUUCGAUGGCAUGUCGAAGGACGAUGCUGAUGCGAAGAUGACCCAGAUCUUCCGUUCGUGUCGGCAGUGAACAUGCCAGCGUAGACCUCACACGAACAGAAUCAACCAAGUCAAGAGCAAAACAGUAUAUAUAUGCUCAAUCCGUGUAUAUGCACAUAUGCUUUUGUCAGAUAUUAUGAAAUUUCAACCAAAUGAGCAUGCCAAGUCCCUUGAAUGUAAUCGUCCUGGUCCAUAAUCUCACACCGCAGAAAAUUCAAUCACACUCGCUCCCGCUCUGCGGAAUCCUUGUGACUCUGCGUCUGCUUGCUCGAGAUGGAAUGACGGUACUGUUGGAAACCUUUUUCUUGCGCUUGCGUUCCGUCUCGCGGGUAUUGAGUCGUACACCAUAUCUAGAGAGUUGCUAGAAAUCCGACAAAUUGUCAAUCAAAAGUUGCUU